AUUAUGCUAUAUUAAUAAAUAUAUGACAAGCUAGAAAGACAAUAAUCUAAAAUUAUUUUAGUUAUUUUUUAAAUAUUUUUGUGAAAUAUAUAGAUAUAUAAAUAUAAACCCAAUAAAUUUUUGUAGGCAAUACUUUCCUUUUUAACUCUUGAUGAUCAUUUCUUGAACCUCAAAAAGCUCUCAAGAGAAGAAACCAACUAGGGCCAAAUUCCAACACCCUAAAAUGGCUUCUAAGAUGCUCUUGUUGUUUCUCUUUUUUGUAGCACAAGAGCAAUAUAAGUUAGUGAAAGGAGAUACAAGUUUGAUAAAGAGAACUUGCAAGAACACAAAGUACUAUAACCUAUGCUUCUCUUCCCUAAAAUGUGAUCCUAGUAGCCCAACCGCAGAUUCAAAGGGCUUAGCAGUGAUCAUGGUUGAAAUUGCAAUGACCAAUGCAACCUCAACUUCUUCCUAUUUGUCCUCUAAGCUUCUUAGUCCAAAAACCAACAGUAGCACAACCUUAAAAAUGGUCCUCAAAGAAUGUGCAGACAAAUACUCUUAUGCUGGUGAUGCACUCCAAGAUUCGGUUCAAGAACUUUCUGAUGAGAACUAUGACUAUGCUUACAUGCACAUCUCUGCUGCAAAAGAUUACCCAAAUGCAUGUCACAACGCUUUCAGACGCUACCCUGAUUUGGUUUAUUCUCGUGAUCUUGCUCGUAGAGAAGAAGGUUUAAAGCAUAUAUGUGAUGUGGCUAUGGCUAUUAUUGAUAACCUUGAUUGGUAGUUAGUAUGUUGCAUCCAUUAUGAUUUGUGAGACAUAAUUUCUACUUUGAAAUAUCCAAAUCUUCUGAAUCUUAAUUUUCUGUUAUUUGUCUCAAUAACUUUGUAAUAAUGUAUAUACUAUUUCGUGUUUUGUUUAUUGUUUUUUGAGUUUUGGCCUAAGUUUUAUUAGAAAUCUCAUACGUUAAUCUUGAUAGUUUUAGAGUUGAGUUAGAUUCUCCCAAUAUUCUUAAUAAAUUGGAUAAUGGCUAUGGCUGCUGUGAAUGAAAUCUACUUAUUAUUAUUAUUAUUAU